CAUUCUCUUCCUUUACCCUUUCAAGUGCCACUUUUUCUUCCUAAAUCCUCUCUCUCUCUCAUUUCCCGAUAACAAAAAGAGCUCCAAUCUCAAUCUUUCAGCAGCUAAAACAAAUGUUAUUCGUCUAAGAGACUGUGAAAGAGAGAGAGAGAUGGGAGGGGUGACGUCAUCAGUUGCGGCGAGGUUUGCUUUCUUCCCGCCGAGUCCGUCGUCUUACAGGCUGGUCUGCGACGAGCUGACCGGACUUCUUCUGAUGAACCCAUUUCCUCACCGCGAAAACGUCGAAAUCUCAAAGCUCCCGACACGUAGAGGAACAGAGAUCGUGGCUAUGUACGUCAGACAUCCGAUGGCUACCUCUACGCUGCUUUAUUCCCAUGGCAACGCCGCCGAUCUGGGCCAGAUGUAUGAGCUCUUCAUCGAAUUGAGCAUCCAUCUUAAGGUUAAUCUUAUGGGGUACGAUUACUCCGGGUAUGGACAAUCUACUGGAAAGCCGAGUGAGCACCACACAUAUGCUGAUAUCGAAGCUGCUUACAAAUGUCUUGAAGAGACGUAUGGAGCAAAACAGGAAGACAUAAUCCUCUAUGGCCAAUCCGUAGGAAGUGGACCUACAUUAGAUCUCGCUGCUCGAUUGCCUCAGUUAAGAGCUGUUGUUCUCCAUAGCCCUAUUCUUUCGGGUCUAAGAGUAAUGUAUCCAGUGAAGAAGACAUACUGGUUCGACAUCUUCAAGAAUAUCGACAAAAUCCCACUUGUGAAUUGCCCUGUUCUCGUCAUCCACGGAACUUGUGAUGAAGUUGUUGACUGUUCCCAUGGAAAACAAUUAUGGGAACUAUCUAAAGAGAAGUAUGAACCGCUUUGGCUCGAAGGCGGUAACCAUUGCGAUCUAGAACACUACCCUGAAUACAUCAAACACCUUAAGAAAUUCAUCACAACGGUAGAGAGAUCUGUCUCCUCGAGGGCGAGCACUGGCCAAUCACAAAACCAGAGCAGCGAUGUGGAAAUGCCGAGGCAGAGCGUAGAUAGAAGAGAGAAGCCAAGGCAAAGCCUUGAUAGAAGGGAGAAAGAGAAACCUCCAAAGGGUACUUCGAAGAAGAGUAAGCUGAGAAUCACUUUCGAGCAGCAUUUAGAUCGGUCGAGGAGGAGCGUUGACUUCCACGACAAGGCAAGGAAGAGCGUUGAUCAUCAUCAUCAGACUCAUCAUCAGAUUGAGAGAGGAAGAAAGAGUGUUGAUAGAUUGGAUAGAGUACGGUCCGAGUAAACCGGAGAAUUCUACAGUACGUACAUAAAUUGUUGUUACAGAACACACAUUUGAUCUUGGUUGCGAUUCUAAUGUUUAUGUUUUUCUUUCUUUGUUUUGUUUGUGAGUUAUAUUCUGUAGUUUAUUGGGGUGUAAUAUUUCCGGAACGUUGAAGCUUCAA